AUAAUUAACUGACACCUUUUAUAAUCAGUCACUUGCUGUUGAGUUGAGGGAGUUGGGGAUGAGCCGGUAGAGCAGCAGGUAGAGAGCGUGUAGAGCUGGUGAGAAUAAUAGUUGAGACACGGCAGAGCUCGUAGCAUGGUAAUGGUAACAGACUCACGGUGCAAAAGCAUGGCAAAAAGUGAUGACGACCCGCAAAUCUGCCUAGACUCUUUUUCAGGUCUAAGAAGGUCGAUUAUUUCCUAAUCUCAAUCUGUUUUUGUUUGGGCCUGGGCAUCUAGUUGCUCAGAGUAACCGGCUGGCUGGAAGUUAUCAAAAUGUCCUCUGGAAGGAAGAAAGAGAAGAGUAAAAAUGAUACUUGGGGAGAGCAGGAGCUAGCCAGGUACAUUGGAGGGGGAAAGGAUGCAGCUAAAAAGAAACUAACAUCUACAGAUCCCUAUGGCUCACAGAAGGGGAACCCUAGAGCUAAAGCAGGUGGUACCUCGUCAAAGGACCUGACUAAGACCACUAGACAUACGGGCAAAUCAGACCUUAAGAAAACAAACUCUAGUGAGGCCAAACCUAGCACUGAGACUAGUGGUAGACGAGAGACAAAACCUUCUGGAGGUCAAAGUACAGGGAAACACGAAGGUGACAAACGACGAACAAAGGAUCUCAAGCAUGGUGAAAAAAAAGACCCCAAAUUACAGGGAAGAUCAACACUGAAAGAGUCAAGUUCCAGGCGCAUUUCUGAGAAAGAUAGAGGCCAUCAAAGUGACUCUAAGAGCAGCAGAGAGAAGCAUAGUGGGUCAAAGACAACUGAGAAAAGACGUAGCGAUAAUCCUAAGCCUGAAAGGUCUAGGGAUGAAAAGAAGACAAGUAUUGCAGUAAAUAAAGAGGAGCUCAAGCAAAAGGACCGUGCUCCACUACCAUCAACAGAAAAGCAAAAAGAAAGUAGUGCUAAUGAGAGGGGCAGCCCCCAGCCCAUGCUGGAAGUGCUGGAAGACCUGGGGAAUGAGGACUAUCAGUAUGACGAGGAGUUCGAACCUGACUACGAUGAUGACUUUGAUGAGGUGGCUGAGGAGGACUUUGAUGAUGACGGCUUUGAUGAUGAUGAUGAUGAUGACAACAAUCCUAGCUCACUUUCCGAGGACAAUGGGGAGGUACCUGCCACACCCACCAAUGCUAAUGUGGGCAUGUCAUCUACCGAUUCUAAAGCCGUUGUGAUGAAGGCCAUGGACCUUGUAGAAAUAAUGCAAGCAAUGGAUGCAGAAAAUCAAAUGGUGGAGGACUCUUCAUCGCAGCCUCGACCACAGUCACGUAGUGACAGGGUUAUUAGUGGGCGUGGUGUACGAGCUUCCCCUAGUCACAAGUUUGUGGAUUUUUCGUAUGCUCAGACGAGAGAGGUCAAUCAGGAGGUGUCGAAGAAGACCAGGAAGAGGGGGCAGGAGCUCCUGUCGUUGAUAGAACUAGACAUUACAGCCUAUGACAUGUUUGACCUCCCACCUCUCUCUGAGUAUGAGGUCUACGUGAAGAAGUUUGGAGCUGAUGACGCCAGACAGGCCUCAAUGCAGACUGGUGAAGACAAUGUGGAGAGUGAGGUCCAGACAGAGGGAGUGAUUAUAGAGGAGCGAUGGACACAAUGCCCACCAGAAGACCUCAGGGGAUAUGGAGGACCUUCCCUGAGCAGUGAUGAUGGUGUGUUGGAGGCUGGGGUGCGUGGAGAGAGUGCUAUCAGACUGACCUCGUUCCUCAGCAGGGCAGGACAGGUGUGCAGUGUUUUGCUUGAGGAGAAUCUGCUCUAUACUGGAGGGUCCUCAUUCCAAUCAACCCAGUCCCAGUUCCCAUUCUGCUCCAGCUCUCUUACCAUACAGUCACCUUCCUACUUGUCAGAUUGCUCAGUAACCAGUAUCAGCCAUAGCCCGUCCCAGCCACACCUCUUCCUAGCCACCUAUGCCCCCACUGACCAAGUCUUGUUUGGCAACAAAAGGGAAUCCCCUGGCCACAUCCUCUUGGGCAACGAGGGGGUGGUUCUACUGUGGAGCAAUAGGGAGGCAAGCAGGCCACAAAUGGUUCUGGUGUGUCAGUCUCGACCCACCUGCACAUGUUUCAGUCCCCACAAGUCGUCGCUGGCGUUCGCGGGGCUCAGUGAUGGCUCAGUGGUGCUAUGGGACCUGAGAGAGCCAGCUGCCAUGCAUCGGAGAGACGGGGAGGACCCUGUCAUAAGAGUUCCCACCUUCAGUACUGCUGGUAUUCCGUUACUGGACAAUCACAACUCUCCCGUGGUCUCGGUCACCCCGAUCUCUGCACCUUCUCACACCCUCCUCUCUCAAGAGGACAGCUCCACCACUGGACUCUCCUUCCAACUGGCAACUCUUGACAGUUCUGGUGGUCUGCACCUGUGGGUGGUGGUGGAGGUGUUUUCACCAGACCCACACGGCUCUGACUCUGACCUGGGUCUGGUCCCUCGGGGACGGGUCAAGCUGGUCAAGAGUUCCACUCUGGAUGUGACUAGUGGUACACCGGCCCACUGUCUCCAGUUUAGGCCCGGAGACACCAACCACCUCUAUGUAGGCUCUGACAUGGGAUAUAUUCAUCAUUGUGCAAGAUAUGGCAGAAGACCGAUUCCAAAGACACAUGUUCCACAUACUGAAAGUGGGUCAUGUGAUGUCCUCGCUCUCAGUUUCUGUCCAUGGCAACCCGAUCUCUUCUUAGCUGGCUACUCUGACGGAACCAUCUCGCUCUGUCACAUAAACAAAGUUCAUCCGCUAGUCUCGUGGCCGUACUGUGUGGGUGGGCGUGUCUCCCAGCUCCAGUGGGUUACUCAUAGACCUGGAGUGUUUCUGGUGCAGGACAACACCUCCACCAUAUACCUCUGGGAUCUGUUGAAAAACGAGGCUGAACCUGUCUAUAAACACACCCUGAAAGAAGUGUGUGUGUGCCUCUCACUCAACCAGCCAAGCAGCAUUUCGUCUCCUCCAACCAUUACUCCCCCACACAUCCACUACCCAUCCACCCUCACAGUGGCGAGCACCAAUGGCAGUGUAGUUAUACAUCAACUCAAAGACUCUGGUAACGCAUCAAAUAAUGAUAAACUUUUGACUUUUGACAACUAUGUCAAUAGUAUAUUCUAGAUUCUAGCACUAGCUGUAAGUCUCAGUGUUCAUAUUAUUUUUUGGGGCUGAAUUGAUGAUUAAUAAAGAA